AUGACAGAAGACUGGGAAGCAGAGAGAUGGGGCUACACAGAGAUCAGUGUCCAGAAAUUCUCCUACAGUUGGACUUUAAGGAAGUUCGGAUUCUUGCUUCAGGAAAGAGGGGACGCCAUUAAAAGUCCAACCUUCUCAUCCAGAGCCAGUGACAAUGACAAAUGGUGCUUGUAAGUACUGACAAACAGGUUCGACGAAGAAAGCAAGGAUUACUUGUCUAUUCUCCUAACGUUGCUCAGCUGCCCAAAGGGCCCAGCAUAGGCAAGAUUCCGGUUUUGGAUCAUGAGUGUUGACAGAGAGAAAUCCAAAGGAAUGAUAAGCCCAAGAUUCUUCAAGUCCACGCCAAAUCAACAAUGUGGAUUCAAAAAGUUUAUCCAUAGAGAUGUUCUCUUGAGUCUGGAGUCUUGGCUUCUCCCAGACAAUGAACUCACUGUCUUAUGUGAUGUGGACCUGGCGAUCCAAGACUCCUUCAUCAACUCUGAGGAGAGCACGGUGCCAGGUAUCCAGGUUCCAAGGUGCACGAUGGCAGAUGUGCUAGGACAGCUGUGGGAGAAUUCCCUCUUCACAGACUGCUGCCUGGUGGUAGCUGGCCAGGAAUUCCAAGCUCACAAGGCCAUCUUAGCAGCUCGCUCUCCAGUUUUCAGAGCCAUGUUUGAACAUGACAUGGAGCAGGAAGAAAAAAACCGCGUGGAGAUCCAGGAUCUGGAGCCCCAAGUCUUCAAGGCAAUGAUGGACUUCAUUUAUAACGGGAAGAUAACAGUCCUCCUCAGCAUGGCAGAUUCUAUACUGGCAGAUGCUCACAAGUAUGGCCUGGAGCGUUUAUAGGUCAUGUGCGAGGAUGCCCUCUGCAGGCACCUAUGUGUUAAAAAUGCUGCCCACACUCUGAUCCUGUCUGACCUCCACAGUGCAGGGCAGCAGAAAACCAAGACACUGGAUUUCAUUACAGCUCAUGCUUCCGAAGUCUCUGAGACCUCAAGCUGGAAGACAAUGAUUGUAUUACAUCCCCGCUUAUUGGCUGAGGCAUUCAGCCCCUUGGCAUCUGCUCACAGCUCUUUACUGGAGCCCCCUCUCAAACGCUUGAAGCAAUCAUGGGAUCCUCUCAGUUCUGACCUCCAGGUGUAUUCCAGAAGCAGCAGCCAGCAUUGUUACCAAGGCCACCUGGGUAGACUUCAGUACAUCUGUAGCGUACACAGACUCCUGGGAAAGACAACAUGGGGGCUCAGCCCUUAA